CGACUGUGAAUUCUGGUGGAAAAUACCGGGCGAACAUGGCCAAACACCGGCGACCACGAAAGCGACCACGCGCCACGGCGCCAACCGCGGUGCAAUCGCCGUAUCAGGAAGUCCUUUGUAGCCGCACGGUCCUGGCGCUUGUCUUUCAGUUCCAAGAAGGAGUGUUCUAUUCACUCUUGCCACGCUACCGGUCGUGGACGCGGCUCUUUCUCGCGGGCGCCUUGACGGCGCUGACGCAACGGGAGCUGCACUUGUCUUCACGAACAGACCCACGCUUCAUCUUGCACCGAGCUGUCUUUGACGGCGACAUGACGUCCGUGCGCCACUUGCAACGAUGUCGGCCGCACCUGUUUACCCCAGAUGUGUUGACGCUGGCCGCAGCCUAUGGUCACACCGAUACGACGGCAUACCUGCUCGAUCUUGGUGUGUUUACCCCUCAUGCUAUGGCCUUUGCCGCAGCACAGGGCCAUUUGGCUGUAUGUGAACUGCUCCAAGCCAUGCCAUCCACGCCGUCGGCUAUCGACGGAGCAGCUUCAAACGGGCACUUGGCCGUUGUUAAGGUCUUGCACGCUCUCAGCAUUCACGAGGCCACUACAGACGCCAUGGACGGGGCAGCACACCAUAAGCACCUGGACGUCGUGAAGUAUUUGCAUGCACACCGUACGGAAGGCUGCACAACCGCAGCCAUGGACUCAGCUGCGCUCAACGGCGAUUUGCCAAUGCUGGCCUUUUUCCACUCGAAUCGAACGGAAGGGUGCACGACACGUGCGAUGGACGUUGCCGCUACGCACGGGUAUUUCGAAAUCGUGCAGUUCCUUCACGCUCACCGCCAAGAAGGCUGUACUGUGCUGGCCAUGGAUGGCGCUGCGACGAGCGGCCAUGCUGAUGUCGUUCGCUUCUUGCACGAGAAUCGCACGGAAGGUAGGUCGUCCUUCGCACUGUUGGCCGGCAAAUUGAAUUCCAACGGCAGGGGCGACCACUCGUGCGCUGGAUGGGGCAGCGACGAAUGGACAUUUGAAAAUUGUUAUGUUUUUACACACCCAUCGACGAGAGGGGGCGACGGCCCAAGCCAUGUAUGGCGCGGCCGCGAAUGGACAUUUGAACGUUGUGAAAUAUCUGCAUCCCCGCGGCAUCAGCACCGGCGACGGAGCGUUUGAGGCGGCGUGCCGACAAGGACACUUGAAUAUCGUGAGGUAUUUACUCGACCAGGGCGGGGCGACCGGCGACGUCAGCGCCGCGUUGGAGGGUGCAGUCGAGAAUGGACAUUUGAACGUGGUGAAAUUUCUGCACGCCAACCGCGUAGCCAAAGUGACCAAGUACGUGGUUCAGUUGGCGACGGCGUGCCAGCACCACAAGAUCGUGCAGUACUUUCGACGGCGAUGACCACCUAAGUUGCCACUUAUACAAAUGCCCGCCCCUUCAACUUACGGAAUGACUGCGAUGAUCGAUAUGGCCUCGCGUUGAAAUGCGGGAAUGGGGAGGGUGGGCACGACUUAUCCCCGAACCGCCCUGA